CUUCCCUUUGCCUUCAUUCUUAGCGAUGAUUUCCCAAUAUUCUUUCACCAAAAUUGCUCUUUUCUUCGGUCUUCUUGGCGCCGUGGCCGAGAGCAACCCACUAGACUUUACGGCCGACCCCGCCAUCAGUCUCACCAACAAUACCGUCAGGAAUAUACGUUGUGGAACUGAAGUACUCGAUCGGCUGAGAUUGAUGGCGGUCGAAGACCAGUUUCUCCUGGACCAGCAGGCGGCGCCGGAUUUCCAAGACACCGGUGUAUUGAACAUCAACGUCUAUUGGCAUAUCAUCAGACAAGAUAAGACAACUGCGGGAGGAAACCUGUCACCGGACCAGGUCCGAGCGCAAAUGGACGUGCUCAAUAGUGACUUCGGAGGCGCAAUCAAUUGGACCUUGGCAAGUGCCGAAUGGGUAACUAAUGCGGCCUGGUUCAACAACGCAGCACCGGGUACUUCUGAGCAAUCGGAGAUGAAGAUGGCCUUGAAAAAGGGGGGCAUGCGCGACCUGAACGUCUACACGGUCGGAUUCAACUCUGGGCAGGCGCAGUACUUGCUUGGCUAUGCGUCAUUCCCAUACGCGUUCAAGUCGAACCCCACCGACGAUGGAAUUGUCAUCCGGUUCACAACGCUUCCUGGUGGCAAUGAGCCGUACGCCAACCUCGGUCGUACUGCAACCCACGAGGCUGGCCACUGGGCAGGACUGUACCAUACUUUCCAGGGCGGCUGUUCUAGCCCUGGAGACUACGUCACCGACACUCCGCCAGAGGCUUCCGGUGCAUCGGGGUGUCCCAAAGAUCGGAAAAGUUGCCCAGGAAAAGAUGCUAGUGUUGAUCCCAUCCACAACUUCAUGGACUAUUCUGACGACAGUUGCAUGACUCAGUUCACGCCGGAACAGGUCAAGCGCAUGUUUGCACAACUGUCGACGUACCGCUCAAUUCGGAGCACUGUCUAGUUUAAAGGAUACCACAUGUAAUGGGCUGUCUAUAUACCCAGUUGCUGCUUGAAGGCGUCUGAACUUCUCAAUCUUCUUGAUGUAUCAGCUGAACGUGUCUCAGCUAUAUGUCUAG